AUGAUAGGAGUUGCACUGGGUAGCCCAGGCAUGAUCAACGAAGAUGAACCUUUACCGCCGCCUCGGUUCGAUACAGCAAUCUUCGAGCCAGAGCGAAUGACACAAAGCCCCCAGGCUUACAAACAGAGCAAGUGGAAGAAGAUUCGGGGAAUGUUCAGGGCAAAGAAUGCACUUACAUCGCCAUCAAAUCAACUACAUGGAAGCUUGGCUCAGCAACCCGAGAAGUCCAACAAGCCCAAGGAAAGGAAUAAUUCUUUGGAAGAGUGGCCGGCUUUUGAGGUAGACCCUAAGACAAUCAUGGGCGGCGUUAAUCAAAGCCCUCCACGUUCUCAGAAGUUUUCACUGAGCGGGAGGAAAGCGCCUCCAGAGGAACCACCCGUUCAAAGGCUGCUGAGUGUCGACAUCCCGGAUAUCCAAAUGGAGCGAUAUAGUGUCAUGUUCAGCGACGUUGUCAACAAGAACGAGAGACCUUCACUGCUGGCCAGAAGGGCAAAGAUAUUGGACAAUCUCCGUGUCCCGGACGCAAAUGUAGGACUUAUCCGAAAUAUGUCUUGA